AUGGCAGAAGUAUUGGGGAGAAACAUCAAAAAGCAUGUUAGUCUGGGCCUCUGGAGAGGGAUCUCCAUCCAUGAAAAUAUGGAGCCUAUCUCGCACUCACAAUUUGCAAACGACACCAUUCUCUUCGGGGAGGCUACGGUAAGGGAGGCAAUAACUAUCUGGAAGGUGCUUGAUUGCUUUGAGUCAGAUUCCAGCCAAAGUAUGAACAAGAAUAAGUCAAUGGUGUUCUUUUUAAACACCAGCAAAAGGCUCCGUUCAAGAAUCUCAAAAAUUUUGGAGUUUGAGCCAGGUAGAGCUUCCUCGUCACUUGAUGGAUUCCUUAAGAAAUUCUUGUGGGAAGGUUCAAAGGAAGACAUGAGGAUUCCUUUGAUAAAUUGGGACACUGCAUGUAUGAUCAAGGAAGAAGGAGGGGCAGGUUUAAGAAAGAUGAAUUUGCAAAACUUGGCUUUAGGUGCUAAGUUAGCGUGGAAAAAGUAUAAAUUCCCCAAGAAACUUUGGUGUAGAAUAUUGGUUGCUAAAUAUUUAGAUUCAAAUUCCCGUGACAUAAUCUUAACGGUGGCCAAUUCAGUUCGAGGUUCACUGAUUUGGAGGUUCAUUUGGGAAAGUUGCAAGCUCCUCACAUAUCACCUAACCUGGAAGAUUGACAAUGGAAAAAGAGCAAGCUUUUGGCAUGAUUCAUGGAAUGGGGACGAGCCACUAGAAAAUUUGUUCAAAGACAAAGACUGGGUCAACCAGAUAGAAGCAUAUGUAGGCUCGUGGGUGGCAGAUUACUUUGAAAUACUACCCAACUCUUCCUCUUCUUUGUCGUGGAAGAGUGUGGGGGAUUGGCACCAAAUUAAUCAUAGAUAG